AUGAACCCGGAGCAGAUCUUGGCUAAGCUUCAGAAGAAGUGGUGCUCUGACAUUUACAAGCAUUUUGAGGAGCCCCACAUCAUCUACGGGCAAAUGGUACAUCUUUCAAAGCAUAUCGACUGCAUUGAUUAUGAGGAAUCCACCAGCAACCUCACCUGCCAUCACGGCCUGUGUGACCCGGAUGAUAUCCUGUUACGCUCCGUGCGCACCUCCGCUCUGAACUCCGGAAUUCCCGUGCUUCAGACUUCAUACUCCAAGUUCCUGCGCUCCGGACCUCCGAUCUCCGGAAUUUCCGCACUCCAGAACUCCAAGAUUUCAUGUUCCUUCCCCUCUGUGCUGUACCUCCGUCCGAACUCCGGACCCUUCCAGACCCCGGAACUCCGAGCUCCGGACUUACUGUGCAACACGUCCCUAACAGCCAACGAGGCUGUCAUUGACAAAUACGAGGAUGACAAUGAGAACUCCGAGAUUACCCCGCAGGAGGUACGCAACGGCCAUAUGGCUCUCAAGACGAUCACCAAGUUCUUCAAGAAGGUCUGGCAUAGCCCAACAGUCCGCGCCGAGCUUGCACGCCUCGCAGCAGAAGCUGAACUGCCUUGUUCAGUGCUCGGUGUCCAGCUCUGCCGCUUCGCCCUCAUAGACAAUGAGUGGGAGAUUGUGAAGCAACUAUAUGACCUGUUGGAGCCAUUCUUUUACGCAACGAACGAGAUCUGCAAGAGCAGACACACCUUGGUCCACAAGGUGAUCCCGUACAUCGACCUCCUGACGGACCACGUUGACGACGUCGACAAGGACUCGCAGCUCGCGCCAGCGGUGCACGCGGCGGCAAAGUGCGGGCGCACCAUCUUGGACAAGUACUAUUCAUACACAGACGACAGCAUUAUAUACCAUAUUGUCAUGAUCCUAAACCCCCGCUACAAGCGCGAGUAUUUCCACCUCCGCAAAUGGCCUACAGACCCAAGCCUGCGACACAUCCUCCCGCUCCUCGCCCGGUCGGUCGACAAAGUGCGCCGCAGCAUCUGCGCCGCCCUCUAUGAGCAGUGGGCAGAGGAUGUUUGCCUCGAUCUCCAGGGCUGGGCGCACAGGAUCCCACCGAUACACCGUGCACCAUCGAGCGACAAGCCCUUGCGCGGGGCUUUGGACUUCUUGUCCAUCCCAGUGGCAUCAACUGAUGCUGAGUGUGCCUUCUUGCGCGGCGGACUCACGGUGUCCAAGUACCGCCAUAGCCUUACUGACGAGUCCAUCCGCACAAGCACACUUCUCGGUUCUUGGGCGAACAUCCCUGAACUCGUCCCUGAAGGCAACGCCAUCGCGAAGCUGAAGUCCAUAAGCCAGAAGAAGGACCCCAGCGCCUCGACUCCCUCCACGUCCGCCGCUCCACAGGACCCUGGUGUUUCUGCAUCUACUGACUCGUGCAAGGUGUCCGCAGCGGAGAAGGGCAAGGGCAAGGUGUCAGCGCCCACUGGUAAAGGUACACACAAGUCCGGUUCAUCUGCGCACGGGAAGGGUGUCUGCAGUGUGGAAUCUCUGUUCCAGAUUGACAUUUCUUCUGCCCCAUCUCGUGCUCCCAAUGUCCUUGCGCUCCUAGCCACGUCCCUGUGCACUCGAGCACACCCGUCUCCAUUGCUCGCGAGCAGCUUCUCUGCACUUGCGCACACUUAA